AUGAGUGGCUGGGGAUACUCGCAAUCGCUCUCAACAAGAGUGAGCGGUAAGGAUUGGACUGAAAGGGUUCUGAAGCUAGCCGCCAUCGUUAGUCAUUCUCUGGCUGUUGAUGCUUCCAAAGACCAUGGUAUUCGGGGACAAUAUCAUGCAUCUCACGCGGAGAAGCAACUGAUCGCUUAUUUUCUUGACAGACAUGUAUUCCUAGAUGAGGACAAGACCCUCGAUUCGCGAUUUGAGAAAGAAAUCGUGGAAGAAGAAUUGAAAAUCUCGGAACUGGCCUCUAUAGACCCCAGUAUCCCUCGAAUCUAUCAGCUCCAACAUGAUAGAAAGCAACUUAAAGCUAGGCUAUGGGACAAAGAUGAUCGAUUACUUGGUGACAAAUACGACGAGGCACUGGUUCAGCGCUUGAAAAAUGAAGUGGCAGUUGCUGAUGAUCAGAUUGCUCUCCUCAAAAGUUGUCCCGACGUGCAGAAAUUAAGGGCUCAGGGGCGUCAGAUACGGCUGUGGGAAAAUAAGGAAACACUUCGUAGACGUCUUAACCGCAUGUCAACAAAGGAGCCAGAAAGGACUUUGCGUGGGGCAAGUAUUCUGAUAAGCUCUCCUGGGCGUAAUAUUUGUGAAGAUUGUCUGCUAUUUAAGGACAGAGUGAACCACUGUUUCGGUCUCUCGAUUGAGUUGCGUGAGUGUACAGUACAGCGUGACAUUUAUUAG